AUGACAGAGCUGUCAGAGGUUGAGGCCACCUUGGCUUCCUUGCUUGACGCAGUUGUCUUGUCAGCUGAUCGCAGUGAUGAUACGGCCCGAAAUGUUGAGGUGCUACCGAUAGGCGGGUAUCUCUGGAAGUUUCCGUCCGAAGGUAGCAAUCGCUCUGGGAUGAUCAGCAUGGCAGUUCCUCCACCAGCCCCUCAGAUUCGCGAAUACCCUCGAAAAUGUGAUCGAUGUGGAACGUGCUGGGUGUCUGACCAUCGCUACGAGCUGGAUCACUUGCGGCGAUGCUCCACCCAGGAAUACGCAGAUAAUCCCGAGGAUAUCAAGCUAGAUGCUGCCAAACUAGGCGUGGCACGGCGCGUAUGGUGCGAGGUGGACGGAUCGUUCAGCCGCUUGGAGUGGCGACACAGCAGAGAACUUGAUGGCGAAGACACCACCGCCUCCGCUACAAACUUCGUCACAUUCGCCGACAUAACUGAGGUGUCACGAUGGAGCUGA